UAAAUUGGACUUUCAGGCAAUGCCUCCACCUUUUAAAGCCAUUAAAUAACUGUGUAGGCUUAGAUUAAGGUUAUAUAUGCUUUGUAGCAAGAUACGACCCGUGUUUAGACGUACGUCUGCAAAUGCCAGAGAGAUUCGUUUGUUAGCAUGCGAGAAAACACUACCUGACAAGCAAAACUCAGGGUAUAACUAUAAGUCAUUCCAGGAAGCGGAUGUUGUUGACGUUUACAUCGCAACGGCUUCCGGUUGUGAAGGCUGGCUAGCUCGGCGAAACAACAGCGUACGGCGAAAUUAUUUACUUUACAACCCAAAGGACAGAAAAGAUAGCCCGCUCAGGGCCGCUGCUCAACAAUGGACGCCGUUUUAGUCGACUUGUCAUGUAGCGUAAUUAUCGGCCUGCCCGUUGUCACCAGUUUGGCUAGUUAGCACCGCCGGCUAACUGGCUAAUUAAACCCUGCCAAGUGUUGGGCAGCUUGUCUGACUACUAGCUGACGAGAGAGAACUGUCAAGAGGAGGAAAUAAUUAACUUAUAUCUAAAAAGGUUUACAGCCGAUACACCAGAGUGAUAACAGGAGCAGGUAUGAACGGGAGCUUCCAAGGAGUGUAGGUUUGACUUCUGGUUUGUGGAUUGUGUGGAGUAACGUAAAGUUAAACGAUUUGAGGAGUGGUAAUCAUAAAAACACAAAUGAGACGAAGACUGUUAACCCGGCGUUGCUUACUUUUGUUUACAAUGAGUUUUAAAUAUGACAACGUGUCUUGAUACAUGAAAAGGCUGGACAUUUCUUGAUCGACAACAUCUUGAACAUAACAUUAUUGUAAUUUUCAUAUUUAGAUCGCAGGAGUCAUUUGACUUAUCGGGGUUUAGGGCAGUGUUAGAUAACGUUAGUCUGUUUCAUGUUGACGUGUCUCACCUGUGUACAAUAGAUCCGGGUAGCAUCUUGGAAAAGCAAACAGGUGUGGUACACCGAUCUGCUCUUAGUGCUCAGAGCUGCUUUGUAUUACAACUAAUGCGCACUACAUCUAUCAAUUUCACCCAGAUAUAUCUGGUUACUUGAAAUAGAAACAUUCCUACAAUCUAUUUGACUGUUUGGGUGUUUGCUGAGAAACGCACAUGGAGUGUAAGUGGCUUAUCUUAAACAACAAACUAGGAUGAUUUCAUGAUGCUUUCUGUACCCGUGGAUACCUAGGUGUUACAUCAGCAAAAAGUGCUUUUAACAUGAUCUCAGAGGUAUAACAUUAAUGGGAUGGUGUAGGUUAGUGAAUUGUAGGUGUUUUUGUUAGUUUGAGCUGUUUGGUUAGGGCAGUGGUAAUGACUAGGUAUUUGCUCAGUGACUAUCUGAGAGCCCAACUGUAGUUGUAGAAACAUCGCCCAGUUACCACAAUGCCAGCUGUACUGUUGAUAUUACUGCUUGGGGCAUUAUGUAGCCAUGGACAGGCCAUGCCACGGGAGGAGAAGCACCGGUUGAGGAACCAAGUGGUCGAGAUGUUUGACCAUGCAUAUCAGAAUUAUAUGGACCAUGCAUACCCAGCAGAUGAGUUGAUGCCACUGACAUGCAGAGGAAGAGUACGUGGGCUUGAACCCAGUCGAGGUGACGUAGACGACGCUCUGGGAAAGUUCUCUCUGACCCUCAUAGACACUCUGGAUACUCUGGUGCUUUUGAACAAGACAACGGAGUUUGAGGCUGCAGUAAGGAGAGUGCUUUCAGAUGUGAGACUGGACAACGACAUUGUGGUGUCAGUCUUUGAAACCAACAUUCGAGUCCUUGGAGGUCUGUUGGGAGGGCACUCCAUGGCUGUGAUGCUGAAGGAGGAGGGUCAACACAUGCAGUGGUACCAGGAUGAGCUCUUGCAUAUGGCCAAAGACCUUGGCUUCCGACUGCUGCCAGCCUUCAACACCAGCAGUGGCCUGCCUUAUCCCAGGGUGAACUUGAAACAUGGUGUCAGGGGUCCCGAGACGAGAACAGGCACAGAAACGGACACCUGUACUGCGUGCGCAGGAACCAUCAUCCUGGAGUUUGCUGCCUUAAGUCGCUUCACUGGGGACCCUGUGUUUGAGGCCCAUGCCCGGAGAGCCCUGGACUUUCUGUGGGAGAAGAGACAGAGAAACAGCAAUCUGGUGGGGACCACCAUCAACAUCCACUCUGGAGAGUGGGUCCGUAGGGACAGUGGAGUGGGAGCGGGAAUCGACUCGUACUAUGAAUACCUGCUAAAGGCUUACAUCCUCUUGGGAGAUGACCAGUUUCUGCAGCGGUUCAAUAUUCACUAUGCAUCUAUAAUGAAAUACAUUAGCCAGCCUCCACUGCUGCUGGAUGUCCAUAUCCACAAACCUCUUCUUCCUGCUCGCACCUGGAUGGACUCACUGCUGGCCUUCUUCCCCGGACUGCAGGUGUUGAAGGGAGAUAUCCGUCCUGCCAUCGAGACUCAUGAGAUGUUGUAUCAAGUUACUAAGAAACACAACUUCCUCCCAGAGGCCUUCACUACUGAUUUCAGGGUACACUGGGCGCAACAUCCCCUGAGGCCUGAGUUUGCAGAGAGCACCUAUUUCCUUUACAAGGCCACAGGAGACCCUUAUUACCUGGAAGCAGGUCGCACCAUCCUGGACAACCUCAACCGCUUUGCUCGUGUCCCCUGCGGCUUUGCUGCAAUGAAGGACGUGCGCACUGGGAGCCACGAGGACAGAAUGGACUCGUUCUUCCUCGCUGAGAUGUUCAAAUACCUCUUCCUGCUGUUUGCUGAUGCGGAGGACUUACCAUUUGACGUGGAGGACUACGUCUUUACAACCGAGGCACACCUGCUGCCCCUGUCCCUGUCCACAGCUCCUCACUCUUCAUCCAUCCCCUCAAACAGAACGUCAGAGGAGGAGCUGGAUGACUCCAACUUUGACUGGACCUGCCCUAACACUCGCCUCCUGUUUCCUGACCCCGCCUUCCCUCGUAACCUGAGGGAACCAAUCCGUAGUGCUGUGGACAAGAGCUGCCCCCGUCCUGCUGCUUUCCGGGAGCCUGGCAUGGGCCGUCCUCCUCUGAGGGCUCAGGACUUCAUGGCAAACAACCCUGAACAUCUAGAGCUGCUGAGGAGGAUGGGAGUCAGUCUCAUCCACCUGAAAGAUGGCAGGGUACAGCUGGUCCAGCACGCGACACAGGCGGUGAGUGCAGUAGCAGCAGAGGACGGCGUGCGUUUCAUGCAGGAGAUGAUGGAGCUGUCCAGCCAGCAGCAGAAAGAGCAGCUGCCUCCCAGAGCCAUUCAGAUUGUCUCACAUCCAUUCUUUGGCAGGGUUGUGCUGACCGCUGGCCCAGCCCAGUUUGGCACAGACCUGUCCAAAAGUUCCACAGGGGUACGCGGCUUUGUGACUGUGGCUGAACCCUACAGUGGCUGUUCUGAGAUCACCAAUGCUGAGUAUGUCCAGGGCCACAUCGCUCUGCUUCAAAGGGGACAGUGUAUGUUUGCGGAGAAGGCCCGACACAUCCAGAAGGCUGGCGCCAUUGGGGGCAUAGUCGUUGACGACAACGAGGGCAGCAGCAGCGACACAGCGCCCCUGUUUCAGAUGGCGGGGGACGGCCGCAGCACGGAGGACAUCACCAUACCUCUCCUCUUCCUCUUCCACAAGGAGGGCAACAUCCUAUUGGAGGCGUUGAAGGAGUACAGGGAGGUGGAGGUGCUGCUGAGCGACAAAGCCAGAGACCGAGCAGCCAUUUUCAAAGGUAAACCUCUUCCUGGCGCCCUGAUUGAGGACAGUGUGGAUGCGCAAGAAGCGGAGGAAGACUGUUUAACCGAGGCAACAACUCCCACCUCAUUUGAACCUAUUGGCCAAUCCCAAAUGAGCACGAUGGAGCUAGACGAAUUGGCUCCCGAUGAGGCGACUCCAACACAGGAGGAAGUCAGUCCUGUAGGUGAAGACGCCAGCCUCGCAGAGGAAGUCAGACCACCGGAAGAGGAAGCUAGUCCUACAGAGGCAGAGUCUGAUUCAGCAAAGCCCAAAGAGGAGAGAGACUCUGAGAGGAGAGAGGAGCCUGAGGGCGACACAGACUCAAGCAGCCAGUCAGUGGAUGAACUGCUGGCUGAUUGGCGGGAAGACUUGGAGGCGUUCCAGCAGAUGGAGAAGGAUGAGCUCUGAUAGUUGUCAGCCCCGUCGUGCCCUUGUGACUGCAGUUUGAUUCCCACUGUAGGGAGAAACCUGGAGGGAACACAUCUUCACCCGUCAUCAGCCUCCAUCUGAUGAAGUCAAAAGGAAGCUGGGGGGAUGUUUCUUCUCUUGCUCUCUGUGGAUGGUAUCACGUGCCAAGGCGAGCCCACAUAGUGUAUCUCUGGACCAUAAAGGAGUCCUUUUUAGCUUGGUAGAUGAUGGAUGAGAGACCAGGGCUCUUACCUCUUUUUUUUCCUCAUACAGUGUCUGUUAAUCUGUCAUAACAAACCCUAAAUGACGACAUGGACCAGACUGUAUGUAACAGCGUCUGACUUUCCACCGCAAAUUACUUCUCACACUGUUCUGUCUAUGCAUUUCUGACUCUUUUUGCUCAAAGCAACGCUGGUCCAACCACUACUUUCUGACUAAUUAAUCCAUCGACCAAUUAAUUUUAUUUAAAUGUGAUGAUUAUUUGUAAAGAUACAUUUUCAUGUCUUCAUGGUCUUGGGCCUAAUCAUAUGUGCACACUGAUGUGAGUUGAGGACUUAAUCCAUGUGUGGAUCGGUGACAUUGAAUAAGCUGCAGGAUCUUUUUGUGGCUUUACGGUAGACAAACUCAACACACCAAGCUUUAUCUCUCUGGGGGAUAUAUGAAGUCAUCUGUCAAUGUAAAUAUGUAUUUGUUGAGAUAUUUUGACUGAAACAGUAGAGCGCUGCUUUGCUCAGGUUCUGGUUCACCCCACAAAAAACAACCUCUGGACCACAUGGGGUGGAGCAGACACACCCUCAGCAGCUGGUCGGGAUGGAUUACACACCCUUAAAUCGCCAUAAGGGGGCGCUAUAUGAUUGUCUGUCAUGCUGUAGCUGCUGGCUGAUUGGAAGGAGCAGAAAUAAAUUAACUUGAUGAAUUUAAAUAAAAAAUGAGAGGGAAAUCGGGAA